UUCUCUUCAUCUUGUCUUUCUCCUUAUUAUACCUCAUUGCUUCUUCUUCUUCCUCUGAAAAUGGCCUCAACAGCCAACUCUGCGUUGAAGAGAUCUGAUUCAAUUGCAGAUAGCAUGCCUGAUGCUUUGAGGCAGAGUCGAUACCACAUGAAGACCUGCUUUGCCAGGUUUCUUGGAAGUGGGAAAAGGAUGAUGAAAAGGAAACACAUAAUGGAGGACAUGGAGAUAUCAAUUGAAGAUGUAACUGAGAGGAACAAGCUCUUACAUGGCUUAUUUGGUUUCAUCCUCAGUACCACUCAGGAGGCAGCUGUUGUUCCACCCUAUGUUGCUUUUGCUGUUAGACCUAAUCCUGGCUACUGGGAAUUCGUCAAAGUGAAUGGAGAUGACUUGCAAGUAGAUGCCCUUCAAAUUUCAGAAUACUUGAAGUUCAAGGAAAUGGUGUUUGAUGAGAAAUGGGCAACCGAUGAGAAUUCCUUGGAAAUAGAUUUUGAGGCUAUUGACUUCUCUACUCCUCGCAUGGCUCUUUCUUCUUCCAUUGGAAAAGGUUUGGAUUUCACUACAAAGUUCUUGAGCUCAAAGCUGAGUGAGAGCACAGAAAGUUCAAAAUUGCUUGAUUACUUGUUAGCCCUAAACCAUCAUGGAGAGAAUCUUAUGAUCAAUGACACUUUGAAUACCGUAGACAAGCUUCAGAUUGCAUUGAAGGUUGCUGGUGUUUAUCUGUCUGCACUCCCCAAAGACACUCCAUACCAGAAUUUUGAGGCCAGGUUGAAGGAAUGGGGAUUCGUAAGAGGAUGGGGAGAUACUGCAAAAAGGGUUAAUGAGACAAUGAAAAUGCUUUCCGAGGUACUGGAAGCUCCGGACUACGAGAAACUGCAAUCAUUUUUCAGCAGACUGCCAAACAUGUUCAACAUAGUCAUUUUCUCAGUUCACGGAUAUUUUGGCCAAGCUGAUGUCCUUGGACUUCCAGACACAGGAGGCCAAGUGGUUUAUAUACUUGAUCAAGUAAAGGCCUUUGAGGAAGAGUUACUCAAUAAAAUAAAGCUGCAAGGCCUUAGUGUGAAGCCUCAGAUUCUUGUGGUUACACGCCUUAUACCGGAUGCACGAGGGACUAAGUGCAACCAAGAAUUGGAACCUAUUGCCAACACCAAGUAUUCUCAGAUUCUUAGGGUUCCUUUUUGGACAGAGAAAGGGAUUCUUCGUCAAUGGGUUUCUCGUUUUGAUAUCUACCCUUACCUAGAGAGAUUUGCUCAGGAUGCUACUGAAAAGGUUAUAGAUAUUUUGGAAGGGAAGCCUGAUCUCAUCAUUGGAAAUUAUACUGAUGGAAACUUGGUUUCAUCUUUAAUGGCUACUAAACUUGGAGUCACUCAGGCAACUAUAGCUCAUGCUUUGGAGAAGACGAAAUAUGAGGAUUCAGAUGCCAAAUGGAAGCAGUUUGAUGCAAAGUAUCAUUUCUCAUGUCAGUUCACCGCUGAUAUGAUCUCUAUGAAUGCUGCUGAUUUCAUCAUAACAAGCACUUAUCAAGAAAUUGCUGGAAGUAAGGAUAAGCCUGGACAGUAUGAAAGCCACACUGCAUUUACCAUGCCUGGCCUUUCUCGAGUAGUCUCUGGCAUCAGUGUUUUCGAUCCAAAGUUCAAUAUUGCUGCACCAGGAGCUGAUCAAUCUGUCUACUUCCCUUACACUGAAAAACAAAAGCGAUUAACCUCAUUGUAUCCUGCCAUUGAGGAGCUACUUUACAGCAAGCAAAACAAUGAAGAACACACAGGGUUUUUGGAAGACAGGAAGAAGCCAAUCAUUUUCUCAAUGGCCAGGCUAGAUACAGUGAAAAACCUCACUGGCUUAGUUGAGUGGUAUGGGAAGAACAAGAAGCUCAGGAAUUUGGUAAAUCUUGUGGUUGUUGGAGGAUUCUUCAACCCAUCCAAAUCCAAAGACAGAGAAGAAAUGGCAGAGAUCAGGAAGAUGCAUUCCUUGAUGGAGAAAUACCAACUCAAAGGUCAGUUCAGGUGGAUAGCGGCACAAACCGAUCGCCAUCGCAAUGGAGAGCUCUACCGAUGCAUUGCAGAUACAAAGGGAGCUUUUGUGCAACCAGCAUUGUAUGAAGCCUUUGGACUCACAGUUAUUGAAGCAAUGAACUGUGGAUUGCCCACUUUUGCAACAAAUCAAGGAGGCCCUGCAGAAAUUAUUGUUGAUGGAAUCUCUGGUUUUCAUAUUAACCCAUUCGAUGGAGAUGAAUCAAGCAACAAGAUUGCUGACUUCUUUGAGAGAUGCCAGAAUGAUUCUAAUUAUUGGGACAACAUGUCAAUGGCUGGUCUUCAACGUAUCAAUGAAUGCUACACAUGGAAGAUUUAUGCUAAGAAAGUGUUGGACAUGGGAUCAGUUUAUGGGUUUUGGAGAGGGUUGAACAAGAAACAGAAGUUAGCGAAGGAAAGAUACAUCCACAUGCUGCAUAGUCUCCAAUUCAGGAACUUGGCAAGAAAUAUUCCUGUCCCUGUUGAAGAGCCUGUAGAAGCUAUACUAACGGGGAAAACUUCAAUCCAAAAGCCAACAAAACCGGUAUCACGACCCAGAACACCAUUUGAACCGCCUCAAAAACAAACACCAGCAUUACCUCCAACUGUUGCAUCUCAGCUUGCUCCAAGGGAUGCUGGUUUAGAUCAGAGAUUGGUUGAGUCUGAGGAAAGUGGAGGUGCAGGCUAUGGAUAUCGUUGGUGGGUGUUUCUACUUGCUGUCUUGCUCACCAUUGCUUACUUCCUUAAGAACAUGGACAUCUUAUUCAUAUGGAAAGAGAGAUCAGAGAGCCAGAGGGAAUGAACAUUGCUGUAUAUAUACUUUUAUUUAUCAUAUAGAAAAAAAGAAUAAUUAUUUGUUAUCCUGAAAGAUAGUCAUAUUGUAUAUUAUUUCAGUGGUAAAUAAGAAAUUCACUGUCUAGGUUGAACA